AAACAUUCCGUGCACCCACAUUUCGAAACGGCCCUGAUAAAAAUGGCUUUUCUCUUGGAUGCAGCAAAAAUCUGAGGGAGGUUUUCGGAGAUGAAAAGAAGUAUUGGCUACUCCCUGUCUUUACCAGUUUGGGCGACGGGUGUAAUUUUCCGACUCGUUUGGUGAUUGUGGAUCCAGAGCAACUUACCGUCUCAAGCCAAAAUGAACCUGCCAAAAGCUCUGGAGCCAAUCAGUCCUUUCCUGCUCGACCACUCAGUGAAUCACAGAAUCAAUUGCUAGCCGGUGAGAGUCAGUGGGUGGAAAGCGCCCCUGAAGAGGAAAACGUUAAAUCAGGUGUGAAAAAGCAUGUUAUAGUUUCAUUGGAAAGCUGAUCUCAGCUUAUUACUAACCAACCAUCUCAGUGAGAAACAGGUUUCUGCAACACAUUUUGUGCUUGAAUAUUACUUAAUUUUGUUUGGAAGAAGUUGAUCAGUAAAAAACGGGACGUGGACAUUUUAGGAAGAGACAAGAAAUUUAAGUUUCUGCACAGUACAAUGGAUUCUUGUAAGCACUAUUGCAGAGCAGGGAAGUUAAGACAGAUGCCUUAAGAUUCUUAAUGUGCAUUUAUGCAACACUGAAUUAUAAACUGCUACCAAAGGGCCAAAUCCUGAAGUGCCCUGCUUGGAUGCACAAGGUCCAGAGUGGGAACUAUGCAUUUCUGUUACGCUGCGGUGAUGGGGUUGGAUUGCAGAGACUCCUACCUCCCCACAGGCAAACUUCACACCUUAGACACUGCAGAAGUCGCUUCCAUAGCAGGUCUCCAGGGUACAGAAAGAAAGGAAAAGGAAAUUCUUCUAAAAGAAAAGGAGGGGGGUAUGGAAUCAAGAUAGAGCAUGGCUGGUACGUCUGAGGUGCGACUGCAUAGCUCAGACACCAGGUGAUGGGGAAGGGACUGGAUG